AAGUCCAAUGACCGGAAACUGUGACUGUCGCUAACUUGUUAGCUCUUGUGACCUGCUGUGUCCUCCAACACUCGAGAUUUGACAGCCGGUCAUUUAAGGACAAGAGCACCAAAAUCAUGGUUUUUGAGGAGAAGAUGAUCAUGAACGGAGAGCCCGAGGAUGAGGAGGAAGAAGAGGAAGAGGAGGAAGAGCAAGACAUGGUGGAUCCCCUUGAAACGAUGCGACAGAAGUGUGAAGAGACAGAGCACUGCGUUCACACUCGGGAGCGUCUGGAGCAUUGUGAGACCAGAGUUGGCUCCCGGUCUUCGACGGCGGAGGAUUGUACUGAGGAGCUGUUUGACUUCCUGCAUGCUCGGGACCACUGUGUGUCACACAAACUCUUCCAUUCGGUGAAAUGAAGUCCCCCUGUUGCACCACUGGCUGAUGGCAUUCUUCAAAUAUUGUAUUAUGAGGAGAACAUGGUUUUAAAUACAUCCAUUUGUGGAUCUACUAUAUGUUAUAUGUGUUAUAACUUUAAACGUAUACUAUACUGUAUCUGUUUGUGUGAAGAAAGUAUUUCAUUAAAGUAGAUGGCUUAAAAACCUUA